AUGGAUUAUGUUAUGUAUAGGCACUACUUCCUUGAACUAGUUAAACGAUCAUUUGACAAUUUUAGAGGUAGUUAUGAACUAGCACCAGCAGUUUCCCCUGCCAGCAUACCGUAUCAUAGAAAUAGAGCGGAAAUAACAGAUAGCCAUGAAGAUUUAAACUAUCCGUAUUUUGUUUGGUGCCCUUCAAAGAUUAAACAACCUGCAGUAAAGUUGUCCCUCAAUAAUUGUAAUGAUAAGGUUAUACCAAAAGACUUAACAAAUGACAUUCUACCACUAAAUCUUCGUCCUUCGCAGAAAUUUCUGCCUAUUAUAGGACCGAAAAUCGAUCACAAAUUUAAUCAAUCCCAACAAAUCGAACAAAAAAAUAGUACACAAAUGAACUAUCUGAAAUCAGGUUUAACCGGAAAUGAUCACAGCAAAAAAAUGCCACAUAGUGUUUCUUUAUCGGCGCUACAGGGCUGUCUCGUUCCUCCAGAGAACAGUUUACAAUGGAAGAAAUCACAGCUACAUAAGCAGAACGGAAGGAAAAUAUACAUUCGACUAAAUGACACCACCAAAAAUCCCAAUAAAGAAUGUAGUAUCCAAAAUAAAGCGAAAGUCAGAAGCCAAAAGUUUACAUUAGGAAAAUCUGAAACCCUAACUACUCAUAGAAAUCCUACCACCGUGAUCGUUUCAUUCGAUAACGGUGUUAAUUUUGCUAAUCAGCAUAAACGAUUAAGGCAACGUUUAAAAAUUGAAAUUGGGACUACUUGCGUGUGCUCAACUGAUCUAAUGAUCUCCACCUUCAGUUAG